UCUGUGGCGAGAGGAAAAGGGAAAGCGGGAGUGACUCGGUCAGUUCUCGAAGUUGUAAAGACACCGAAUAUCAGGCUGUUAAGACGUCCGUUAGGGCAGAGAGUUUACAGAGUCACCGGUGGAGAUCUCGGCUGCAAGUUCAUGCUUUUUUGCCUAUCGGGCCUUUAGAAGGAAAAGAAGAAACGGAAGGAGGGAACAAUUGCUAGAACGGGAGGAUUUGUGUUAGACGAAGAAGAUCAGAGCAUCACGAGGUCUGAUUUGUACUCUAAGGAGCUCUUCCACCAGUGUGUGUGGACUUCAUCUUUACAGAAUAAAGGAUCAAAAGGGAUGGCCUCAGGAACUGUCUGCAGUGAAAGUGUAUGCGUUAAUUACUGAGUUACCCAAGGACUCCAGUCUCUUUUAUCAUAACAACGGACAGCAAACUAGCUCUUAAAAUGAAACCGAAAACAACUGGUGUGCCUAGAGCUCAGAAGUCGAAGCCUUUUCCUGGUAAUGGACCUAACUGGGUUCUUAUUGCUGGUGGUGCCUUGUUAAGUACGUUAUCAAUACGCCUUGGCUACAAGCUGAAGCAAGCACUUGACAUAAAGCAGCAGGAGAAUGCCAGUAAUGGAAGUGGAAAAUCCCCUGGUAGAAGGAUGUCUGCAGGUUGCCACGUGCACUCAAAUGUUUAUUCCUUUACACAACAAGAUGAGGGCAGUUGCUUUCAUUGCAUUUCAGGAACUGAGAGCUUGAUGGAGAUGAAGUGCCUGCCUAAUGGGCAGAUGCUCACUGAAUCUGAUGGAGCCUUGCCUUUGGUGACGGUUCCAGCCCCUCAGUUUAACAAGGAGAAUGGCAUCGUAUGGGCAUCUUCUCCAGAUCGCCUUGAGAUGCCUCCAAAGCCUUUCCUACACCAUUCAAAUUGCUCAGAUUCUCCAUGUGUUUCAGACUCUGGCUCUGACAUCUUCAGUAAGCGGGAAGUAAUACAAAAACUUAGGCAACAAUUGAAGAGGAGAGAUGACAUGAUCCUAGAGAUGCAGGAUCAGAUUGUAGAGUUGCAGAGUUCACUGAAUGCUCAGCUGGCACAUUCUGGCCAUUUGCAAUCUCAGCUUGAUGCAGCAAAUAGGGACCUUUUUGAUUCUGAGAGAGAAAUCCAAAGGCUUAGGAAGGCUAUUGCAGAUCACUGUGUGGGACAUGUGAACUCCAACGACAAACCAGUCAUGGGUGCUAUAUGGCAAUCUGAAGUAAGAAACGGUAAUGGAAAUGGGUGUCUUGAUGGGGAGAACAAUUUUGAUGCCUCAGAAAAAGGAAAAGGGGAUGGAGAGAGGGUAGAUAUGCUGAGGAGGGAAAUAGGAGAAUUGAAGGAAGUGAUUGAUGGAAAGGAGUACUUGCUGCAGAGCUACAAGGAACAGAAAGCAGAGCUCUCUCUGAAAAUCAAAGAGUUGCAGCAGAGAUUAGAUUCUCAACUUCCCAAUAUUUUAUAGGCACUUGUAGUUGUGUAUUCUUGCUCGUUCUCUUUGAUUGGAGGUCUCCAGCUCAGAAGCUUCAUUUUCCUCCUCUCCUCGCCAUACGUAGUUUAGUUUAAUUCUUUUGAUGUGCGUGUAUGCAACUUGGUAAUGAGUGAGAGUUUGGGUUUGGACGGUCAAUACCUGGCAUAUGUGGGAGGCUAGUUUGACAAUU